GCUCCGCCGCUCCGCAGCCGCCCCCGCCUCCUGCGCGCCGCGGCGCCCCGAGCGGGCGGCUCUACUUAAGCGGCGCGCGGGGCGCGACCUGGCACUCGCCUGGAGCGCGCGGGCGAGGCGGGCGGAGCGCACCGGAGCUCCCCGGGCUCACAGCGGCGCGCUCGCACCGCUCGGCUCCCGGGCUCCGGGCUGAGCGAACGUCCCGGAAAGGCGGCUGCAGCUCCCGUGCGCGGCCCCGCUCCCUGCACUACCCCAGCCCGGCCAGCUCUUCGCCAUGGCUCUGGCGAACAGCACCCGCGGAUUACCCAACGGGGGCGGCGGGGGCGGCAGCGGCUCCUCAUCCUCCUCGGCAGAGCCGCCGCUGUUCCCCGAUAUCCUGGAGCUGAACGUGGGGGGCCAGGUCUAUGUGACUCGGCGCUGCACGGUGGUGUCGGUGCCGGACUCGCUGCUCUGGCGCAUGUUCACGCAGCAGCAGCCGCAGGAGCUGGCCCGGGACAGCAAAGGCCGCUUCUUUCUGGACCGAGACGGCUUCCUCUUCCGCUACAUCCUGGAUUACCUGCGGGACUUGCAGCUCGUGCUGCCCGACUACUUCCCCGAGCGCAGCCGGCUGCAGCGCGAGGCCGAGUACUUCGAGCUGCCCGAGCUCGUGCGCCGCCUCGGGGCGCCCCAGCAGCCCGGCCCGGGGCCCCCGCCGCACCCGAGGCGCGGGGUGCCCAAGGAGGGCUCGCUGGGAGACGAGCUGCUGUCGCUGGGCUACGCGGAGCCCGAGCAGCCGGAGGGCGCCUCGGCCGGGGUGCCGUCGCCCACGCUGGAGCCGGCUAGCCGCAGCCCGUCCGGGGGAGCGGCGGGCCCGCUGCUCACGCCGUCCCAGUCGCUGGACGGGAGCCGGCGCUCGGGCUACAUCACCAUCGGCUACCGCGGCUCCUACACGAUUGGGCGGGACGCGCAGGCGGACGCCAAGUUCCGGCGAGUGGCGCGCAUCACCGUGUGCGGCAAGACCUCGCUGGCCAAGGAGGUGUUCGGGGACACCCUGAACGAGAGCCGGGACCCCGACCGGCCCCCCGAGCGCUACACCUCGCGCUAUUACCUCAAGUUCAACUUCCUGGAGCAGGCUUUCGACAAGCUGUCCGAGUCAGGCUUCCACAUGGUGGCGUGCAGUUCCACGGGCACCUGCGCCUUCGCCAGCGCAGACCAGAGCGAGGACAAGAUCUGGACCAGCUACACCGAUACCUUCCUGAUGAAAAUGGGAGCUCUCUGCAAAGAUAGUCAAGAAGUGUCUGACUGUGAACUAGGUAAGCAGAAGAUGAACCUGAGGAUGAUAUUGAAACUUAGGCCCAAGCAAUGGAAUGUUGCAAUCGACCGUGGAGGAACAGCUGUCACAAACCGCUCCCUCUGGCAGCCAGCAAUUAGGAAAGAGGCAUCUUGGAGUUCAGUGUGAACACAACAAUGGGCCAUCUGGAGGCCAAAAGGCAAGGCGGUGACUCAUGAUGAAUAUUGCAAGAAGCAGUGUGUGCAUCACACGUGUAUGAACACAUAUGUCAGUGUUAGGAAUUUUUCAGGUCAUGAAUAUUUUUAAUUUAAAGGAGUGUUAACUCGGAAUAGUGAUGUGGGGACUGUUGGCCUAAAUAAUAUUCGAAAGCUUUGAUCUUUCAACUAUAUAUUUUAAAAUUUAGAAGGAACUGAAUAGUUAGGUUUAAUUCAAUGCACUGCUUAAAGGCAAAAAUAUAUAAGAUUUUCCCCCACAUCCCAAUAAUCUAGCACACAUGACAUCAACAGGUACACACUAUCAGAAUGUAUAACUAUAACUCACUUCCCCUAACUGUAAUCUUACAGUAAAGAAUAGUCCACAGGUUUACAUGGGAGUCAAAAUUCUUCUCAAAUUGAUAUUUUUAAGGCUCUAAGCUUGAAGCUACUAUUGACAAUUUAUUAAUGAAUUCUUCAGUUUUUCUGAGCCAUAAUUUCUUCAUCAGAAAAAUGGGAACCAAGGUAGUUGAUCUUUCCAAUUCAUAAAAUAUUGUAUUCAUCAGAUAAGUUCAUAUUAAAAAAAAAACUACUUUGAAAAGUGUAACACCUCAUCCUAUAUAAUAAAAGCCUAAUAUGCAAAUAGACUGAUAGGUGGAAUGACCUGAGGAAUGACCGGUCGUUAUGAUGUGCAUUGACCACCAUGGGGCAGACUCUCACCACAGGAGCUGCCUCCAGCCCACAGGCCCUAGGCCAGCCAAGGCGGGUGCCAGCAGGGGUCCCCCGAUUGCCCCACUGGUCACCCCACAGAUUGACCCUGAUCGCUGGACAGGCCUAGGGACCCUACCCAUGCACGGCUUUCAUGCACUGGGCUUUUAGUACAUAUAUAAAAAGUAAAGCAAGAUUUCAUUCAUUCAUUUAUUAAAUCUACUGCAUAUAUUACAUUGUUCACAUAUGUAUAAUUAUAUUAUACUAGAGGCCCAGUGCACAAAUUCAUGCACCUUGAAAGGAACUGUGGGCUGUGAGGCUGCAGUGGGCACAGGACUGGGUCUCGGCCCAUCCUCCACAUCCCCGCCUCGCCCCUCCUGCCAUGCCCCUGGUCCCCUGUCUGCUGGCAGCCCCGUUCCUGCCGCCAUCACUUCCAUGCUCUGAUGGCACUGGUCCCACUCACAUCCACUGAUGGUGCGGAGUGAUUGGGGCCGGCUCCAGCAAUGGGUGCGAGUGGGGCCAGCACCAUCAGCAGGUGCAAGCAGCGGCUGCUGCCCUGAUUGCACGUCAGGAGCAGGGGGAGGUGGAGAAGAUCUCAGGGGCGAUAGGGGCCGGCAUCCGCCAUUUGCACCUGCUGAUGGCACUGAGCGAUUGGGACCAGAACCGGGCGUUGGCAGUGGGUGCGAGCGGGGCCGGUGCCGGCAGCAGGCACGAGUGCCAGGUGGGACUGUGGUGCGUGGGAGCAAAGAAUUUUCAAUAACCACCAGAAGCUUGCCCGAUGACAGCGACUGGCACCCCACCUUGGUCUGGCACCCCCGCUCACCUGCUCCCCCAUCCCACUGUGGCCCACGCCUGCCAUGUUCUGCGUGCGCCCCCUGGUGGUCAGCGCAUGUCAGUGACCGGUUGUUCUGCUGUUCAGUCUAUUUGCAUAUUAGGGUUUUAUAUAUAUAGAUUCUACAGACUAUGCUAAUUGCUAGGGUCACAUUGAUGAAAAAGACAGGUUCCUGUUUGUGUGGUCUCUACAGGGGGCAAAAGCAAUUGGAAAAUUCUUGUGAGUUUCUAUGUUACAUGUAGGUGUGGAAUGGAAGGUAAUCAUAAAUUUCAGGACUAUGUCAUAGGAUGGCUGUGAGAACCAAAUGUGAUAACUAUUAUAAACAAACAGGACCCUACUAUGAAAUAUAAAGUGAGGAGAGAAAAGAAAUUGGAAGAAGGUUGAAUCUUGGAAAUAUCCCCAAACUAAGGAUAGGUAUAAAGAAAAAAAUAAAAGAGAGAAGAGUAGAAAGUUAACAAAGAAAGAGAUAGAAAAAUGAGAGAAAGUAAUACAUGGGAAAUAUAAACAAAUUGUAUGAAAAUAUAUUUUCAGAAUUUACUUAGUUCAAUAUGUUAAAUUCAUAGGUCUUAUUCCAGUAAUAUUUCCUUCAAAAAUUGGCUGAAAAGUACAUUAAAAAAAAGAAAAAUAAAUCUCUUUGACUUUUACAUUCAAAUUCUAAAUUAGUUUGCUUCUCACUUAAAGAAAUACAGGUCAGUUCUACAAAAAUGUCUGCAUUUGUCCUUUAUCCUGAGCCUAUCUAUUCAGCAACUUCACUCAAAAAGGUCUUUGCUCUGGAGUUGGAGAAGGACGAAACGCUGUUGGAGAAGAAGUAUUUGACCCCGUUGCCCAUAGAUUUCUACUUGUCCGUGGGAGCACACAUUCUGGCUAGGAUUAACACCAAAGCUUCACAUUUCUAAAGAAUAAGUCUUGCUGGUCUGUGUAUGUAAUGUUUCAUUGGUUUUAUUGAAGGAAGUCAGACAAGAUUGAAAUGCUUUGUUGAUGCAAGAACAAAGUAAGCUAGGGAAUUUGGAAAAUGUGGAGCAGUAUAUUUUCAAAGUGAAUGUACCUUUCUCCUCAAUCUUUAUGAUUCUGCUAGUCACAUUCUGGUUGAAAAUCUAAUCUUGUUCCAAGACUAAAGGUAUAAAUUGAUACUCUCUUGAUAACAUAUAAGAUGUUUAAAGGCAAAGCUAUUUGAUUAUUUUUACUCUGACAUAUAGAGAAACUGUCAUUG